GGCGCCCGCGCCGCCGCCGUCACCGCGGUGGCGUAGGUCUUUUCCUAGUAACUUGGGCGAUAGCUGCCUCAUUAAUAUCACCAUGGUAAAAAUGGGGUGCAAACCAGCUCAGAGAGGCGAAAUGAUCUACCCAAGGUCACAGAGUUAAUAAGUGCGGGAUUCCAGUUCAACACCGUGUCCAAAGCCCAGUGAAUGUUCACAAGGAUUGUCUUCAGUCAUGGCCUUGGGCUUAAGGUGCUUCCGCUUGGUCCACCCUGUCUUUUGUAACUCCCUUGCAGCCUGGACCAGACCUGUUUCGGAAGGGAUGCUGAAGACAGUGAGUGGAAGACAAAAUGACCGUGGGCAAUCCAUGGCCUCUCCAGCUGUACCAGUCUGUCAUUUUGCUACCAAGAAAGCCAAAGCCAAAGGGAAAGGACAAAUCCAAACCAGAGUGAAUCUUAAUGCUGCCUUGGUUGAGGAUAUAAUCAGCUUGGAAGAGGUGGAUGAAGAAAUGAAGUCUGUGAUGGAAGUACUCAAAGAUAAUUUCAAUAAGACUGUCAAUAUAAGGACCUCACCAGGAUCCCUUGAUCAUAUCACUGUGGUAACUGCUGAUGGGAAGCUUGCUUUAAACCAGAUUGGCCAGAUCUCUAUGAAGUCGCCACAGCUGAUUUUGGUGAAUAUGGCCAGCUUCCCAGAGUGUACAGCUGCAGCUGUCGAGGCUAUAAGAGAAAGUGGGAUGAAUCUGAACCCAGAAGUGGAAGGGGCACUGAUUCGGGUACCCAUUCCCAGAGUAACCAGGGAGCACAGGGAAAUGCUGGUGAAACUGGCCAAACAGAACACCAACAAGGCCAAGGAUUCCUUACGGAAAGUUCGUACCAAUGCAAUGAAUAAGCUGAAGAAAUCAAAGGACAAAGUCUCGGAGGACACCAUUAGGCUCAUAGAGAAACAGAUCAGUCAAAUGGCCGACGACACCGUUGCAGAGCUGGACAGGCAUCUAGCAGUGAAGACCAAAGAACUCCUUGGAUGAGAGUCCACCCGGGGCAGCAGUACUCCAGAGCCCAGAUUCUGGUGGAUCCCAUGGGUGGCAAAUUGCCCCCUCUCUUCUCUGUCCACACAGAAGGCUGUCACCAUGCAGCUUUCGGUGUUUAUGAGGCUCAGCCUUCUAGUGGGACACCCAGACUUGUGCAUUCUCUUCCUCCUUUACCCUGUCCACCCCAUUCUCCUCUGGCCCUCUGCCUUGGGUGGCCCUCAGAGUAUCCGCUGUGACGGAUGGCCUCUACUUAGGGCAUUUGCCCUGAUCAUGACAUUGCCAAGCAACUAGGACUAUUGGCAGGUUCAGCACUGCCUGCUUCUCAUCUCGAGAGCUUCCUUUUCAAUUAGUUGGGCCCCAUCCCCAACUUUGAACUCUGGGUUGAUGUGGGCCUUCACCUGUGACUGGAUCUCUUUGCUAGAGGCCCAUUUUUACCUAACAAUAAAAUCAAAAUAAAUUGGAAAGAAUAACCACCGCAAAGGAA